AUGGACACCAAGACGAAAGGGGAAGAUUCAGAGGAGGUAGAGAUUGACUUGGGAGACUCUAGUGACCCUGAAGAAUAUGAUGAUGGGGAUGAACCUGAGACACUGUGGAGAGCCCCUCCUGCCAUGGAAGAAGAUGAAAACAUACACACGUCUACUCUUGUGGAAAUCAGCGAUACCAAGCCUCUGAUAAAUGUCAGAGACCCUCGAGGCAUCAAUGACUGCCUCAAGGUGACGUUUGAGGAUGUGAUUGCUGAGCCGGCGACAGUGCGCAGUGGAGACAGAGUGUGGAUCUGGAGUAAUGCCCUGUUUGAAGUGUCCAGGGUUUGGAUCUACAGGGUUGUUACUGUGCUUCUGGCCAUUCCUGUCUCUAUUAUCUCUGGUUUGCUCUUUGCCAUCCUUAGCUGCUUCCACAUUUGGAUGGUCAGUCCUUGUGUACAGUGUAUCUCAGUCGGCACACGUUGGCUGCAGAGUCUAUGGAGUAUUGUGCUGGGCAUCGUCGUGCAGCCUUUCUUCAAGAGUGCUGGAAGAUGUUGUGGAGGCUUCAGCGUUCACCUGGCCAAAGAAUAAGACUCUCACACAUCAAGAUAGAGGUCAUUUAUGUGUAAUGUGUACUGGUUUUCUAAAAGUGGACAAUAAUUUUGAUUCUUUGAUUUUUGAUACAAGGUAAAAUGUUAUUUCUACAGAUUUUCCACAGUUUAAACACUCAGUUGUGAUCAAAGAAAAACAGAUCAGAGUUCUUAAUAACUGGUAUUGGUGUAAGAAAAUGUAGACUCUUAAAAUCAGAGUGAUG